AGUCGGUUUCGAUCCUUGUAGGAGGGAGGAUGUUGUCCGCUCGUUUGCCGGCGACGAAACGUCAAGCGAAGUUUGGUUAACGUUUCUCGCUUCCCGAUAUCGAAAAUAUUAAUUGUUAUGGGACGAUAGGGAUGGUACGCGUCGGAUCGUGUCGGAUAGUUGGACGUCGAGAAUUGAACGUGGCAAAGCGUUUACAUCGCUCGCAAAUGUUUACGUGGUAAGAGGCAGUGACGGACCGAGAACACAGAGAGGUUCUUCGCGAUUGUGCGACGUUUACACGUGCGUUCCUACGAUAUAUAUACGAUCAUCGAUCGAUUUGGCGAGAGUUGGUCUGUCAGCAGGGCUGCGGUUCGAAUCGAGUGAAAAAUGAGAACUACAUCGUUGCUCGCUCUCGUUGUCUGUCUGCAGUGCCAUAUCACUGGUAUCGUAGCUGUUCCAGCAAAAACGACCGGGCAAGUUCUUCUCGGGGAGGUAGACAUAGCCGUGCAAGAAGAUGGCAGGAAUGAAAUAACGACGGAAGAAUCGUAUUCGAAAAAAUGCAUCGUCGAUGAGAACACGUAUUCACACGGCCAGACGAUACCGUCGUACGACCCGAACUCUCAUUGUCUGUGCGUCGCGGGCGAGGUGUAUUGUUGGUGGCAGAAUUACAAUCCGAGCACCGAUCCCUCCGCCGGCCCCUCGUUCCUCCCAUCGACCACGAUAGAAAGUAAUUACACGCCGUCCCUGGAAGGAAGCACGGACGCCGUCGACAGUUUGGAAGCUUCUGGUGAUCCGGCGGAGGAGGCAUCGCUCGAGCAGCAGCAACAACAACAACAACAACAGCAGGGAUACGGGGAGAUUAACGCGACUUAUUCCUCGACCACGUCGCAACCGGCCCCGACUACGUGUCUCGUGAUGGGAAGGGAAUAUCGCGAGGGCGAGUUACUUCCGCACUCGACCGGAAACUGCAUCGAGUGCAGCUGCGGAUCCGAGGGCCGCGUCGAGUGCUCGCCGCGGGACUGUGUGGCCCUUCGACCCGAGAUACCAGUUGCACCGGACAUACCGGACGCACCGGAUGGCGACUUCGAAGUGUUCAACCUUGCGAGAGACCGAGGGAUCGACGAGAGCUUUUAAAGUGUCCUACGCGUAACGAUCGUCGCCUGUUCGAAACGCGAGCUACGUUUUUUUAGAUCUUUAUUCUUUAUUCAGGGAUUGUCGAUCGAUAUGAAUUAUUUAUCAAUUGAAUUUAGACUGUGAUUU